GUUUCUGCUGGAUCUCGCUGUGCAACGGUGCAAGUUCCAGCUGAUGCGGUGCCCGGCCUGACUCGGGUGGUUGUCAAUGACGAAGGCCGUAUAUUUUCUUGCCCGCUGCCCACGGAUGCUGCGCCUCGCUGUGCGAUCAAGGUCUUCUUUGCAGGCGCCGGCAUCCAAUGCCAAGUCCAGUGGAAGCAGCCGGCUCGCCUUCGGGCAUUGGUCCCAGGGGAUGCUGUGCCAGGCAUAUCCACAACAUAUGUGCGAGGUCCAUCUGUGCUGCAAGUCACCGUUCCACACGAAGCGCAGCCUGGGGAUACACUGCUCAUAGAUCCGGAUGGGAAGGAGCCAAGCCAAAUUUCCAGGCAACAAUAUGAGAUGACAGCGCCUGUGCCCGUCCCAGCCCAAGACGACAUGGAGCGCCAUAGACGAUUGCAGGUGGUUCUUCAGGAACACGGUGGCACCUGGAAUCCCAAGAUUGAAAGAGAAAGCACUGACAAGUUGGCUGUACCCGGCAUUCUGGCUCGCGAGCGAAUCUCCAAGGGUGAGGUGUUGGUUAGGUGUCCACCGAAUUUGCUUUUGUCAGCAAAUGCUGUUCGGAAUAUCAGGCCGGAUUUCUCCAUUCUGGUGGCAGAAGUUGCUCAUGCAAUGCGAUUUGACGCUCCAGACAUUGACGUGGCGCUGCAAGCGAUGUUCUUAGCAGACCUUAUUGCUGUGUUGGAGGAAGACUUCGUUGGCCUCGGCAUCAAGGACAUGUCAAAACAGUCCGUGUGGGGUGCCUUCGUACGUGUGCUGCUUUGUGAAACUUUCGUGCAGCACCCUUACCGUCUUGCGGCUCAGAAUCCAGCUGCGUUCAAGUCCUUGUUGUCUCCUUCUUGUGAAGCGGACUUGAUCGAGUACUUGACAUGGGGAGCCUUGCAGUGGUAUGAUUUGCUCUGCGCCAGAAAGCCGCUGAGAUUCUCAGCAGAGCAGUUUCUGCGCGGGUGGCUGCUUGUAAUGACACGCGCCUUUGAUGUGGAUGGCACUCGCACAACGCUGAUUCCAGGGCUGGACUCAUUUAACCACGACCCCCAGCGAGUGUCUGCCCGGGCCGUCAAGGAUGAGCAUUCUGGCAUGUUGGUGGCUGCCACAAGAGAUAUUGAAGCAGGGGAUGAGGUGUUUGUGGUAUACCAGUCCUUUUCCAUCUCAGAGCUCUACCGGACGUAUGGCUUCACUCUGCCACUCGAGGCAGUGCCCCACCAGACCUUCACGGUGUUGCCCAGCAGGGCGCGCGCCAUGAUGAUGAAGCACCUUCCCCUUAGCCACGCUGGACAGCUGAUCGAGUUUCACAGUGCCAUGUUGCACCCGAAGCUUGCCAACGCCGUGCAGGCUUGCGCACGUGAAGGCGGCAAAUACAUGGACUUCGUGCGCGAAGUGCUGCAGUUUUUCUCGGAUUUGUACGAGCUUGAUCCGCAGCUCCAGGAGGCCAUUGCGGCAAAGUCUGCAGACGACGACGUGCUGCGAGUGAAGCUGAGCAGCUUGUCAUAUUUCAGUUCCUGGCAGUCAAGUGGCCAGGAGGCCGCUAUGAAGGAGAAGUUAGUGGCAGCGAGCUUCAUGGACAAGGUACCUUGGUUUGGACUGACGGACACGUAUAUUCUGGCAUAUGGGUGUUGGGUCAGAUGA